GCUCGUGCGAGGAAUAUUUUAAGUGAAAUUUGAUUUAUCUAAACAAAGGAUAUAACUGCUUUAUUAUUCUCCAAACAAUAUGAGUUGAUAUCAGUGGUCUGAGGACCGUUUACCCUUAGCAAAAAGAAAGCAAAAACAGAAAAAUAUGACGAGUUAGCCUCGACCUUCUCUUCCGUCUUGUCUGGAAUGAGCUGAUCAAGAAUUCCAGAAGACAUGAUCACAUUUCAAAUGUCUACACCGUUCUUCAUUGAGCUUGGUACAGUUUGAUGGCCACAAUAAAAGUUUACGGACGAAUUCAUCCAAGUAGUGUCAACCCUUCACCGCUAGUACACAUCCAAGGACAGAGACUUGUGAUAUCAAAAAGUUUGCGAGGAUCGAACUUACCCCGAAACUCCAAUGAUAUUGGGUUUACAUUUGAUCGAAUAUUCAACGGUAACGCACAGCAGAAAGAGGUCUUUGACAACGUAGCUAAAGACAUCGUUGGAAAGUUUCUUGAGGGUUAUAAUGGGACGAUUUUUGCGUACGGGCAAACGGGUUCUGGAAAGACGUACACUAUAGAAGGGGAAGAACUCAAUCGAGCAAGAUCACCUAGACAUGGCUUCGUUCCUCAAACUUUGGCUUACCUAUUCAGAGAGCUUGAAAAUCUGAAAAAUGAAUGUGCUACUGUGAAAGUCUCUUUUUUGGAAGUGUAUAAUGAGACAGUGUAUGAUUUACUUGGACCUUUGAUGUAUGGGACUAAGAGUGUAAGAGAUCUUCCCAAGGUCUUAGUUUCACAAGGUUCAGGGGGGUCAUGCCAUUUGCAUGGCUUAUCGAUACAUGAUGUCACGACAGAGCUAGAUGCUCGUAAAUUGCAUCUCAAUGGACGUAAUAAUCAAGCUGUAGCUGCAACUUCGAGUAACGAGAAGUCGUCCCGGUCACAUGCAAUAUUCACUGUAUUCUUGACAAGACAGAAGCAAAACUCUGAGCUGAUUGUGAAGUCAAAGCUUAACCUAGUAGACCUCGCAGGAUCAGAGAGUUUGUCUGUCAAAAAGAACAGAUCGAUGUCUUCCAAUACUUUGGACAAUGAAACAAAACACAUUAAUCUUUCUCUGCAUUACCUGGAGACAGUCAUUGUAGCACUACAAAGAAUUCGUCUAAAAGGUAUACAGCCACAAGAAGAAGACAAAGAAGAUGCGAAAAAGACUAUUAGUAAAAGAUGUCAAAGUGCACAUGAUCCACCACUACAGCAUAGAUUCUAUACAGAGACAGCUUCAAGUUUACAAGGCUUGAAAUGUCCAAGUGCCAUGAGUUUUCAUGAAAUGUCAAGAAAACGCUCCUCAAUCAUGUCUAUUACUCCUUACAUUCCUUACAGGAAUUCCCUUCUGACUAUGCUGCUACAGGAUAGUCUGGGUGGAAACUGCAAUACAGUGAUGAUUGCCACACUCUCUAUGGAAGCAUGCAAUAUAAAUGAGACCAUUUCAACUUGCCGUUUUGCUCAAAGAGUAGCAAGAGUUACCAAUAACCCAAUUAUAAACAAAACCAUUAACGAAGAAGCCAUGAUCAGGAAGCUACAAAGCAAAGUUGCAAAACUGUCUAAACAACUAGAGAUAUUUAAGCAAAAUGGAGUUUAUGAGGAGGGUGAUGUUCCUACAACAAAAGAGGAACAGUCCGUUGUCAUUGAUGUAAUCCACAGCUAUUUGGAUGGUCAAAUUAGUGAUCCAAUGGAACAUGGUAUCAAUGAUUCAAAGAAGAUUCGCACCAGCCUGGCAUACCUUAAAGAUCUUGUUAUUCAAAGCAAACUAGGAAAAAGUGAACCUUAUGAAAAAGACAGUGGUGUAGGGACUGGUUCCUUGCCAACAACCAACAGCGAGGAUGAACCAUACAGCCCAACACUGACUAAUGAAAGUGGAACAUCCACCAAUGGUGCUGUUGCUGGCUCAUCUGUUUCUAAUAUAACCAACCAAACUACAAAACCACAGAUGAAAAAAAGAAACUCUCGCAGUACCAUUUCCAGUCAGCACUUUUUCUCUUCACCGGUAAACUCACCAGAGCUUGAUAAGUCUCUGGAUAACACCGCAAGUUCAACAAGUGAAUCUAGUUUUACCAACGAAGAGCAGUGCACCAAAAAUCAUAUUGAUAGUUUUCCAUCCUGUCAAGGACCCUUAACACCUGCAAACUCAACCGAAACUCUUGACCAACUAAGGACAAAGAAAAAUGCUACAAGUGAAGCAAACAGCAUGAAUUCUGACAGUCAAAUGCAUCUUAGAAGUAGACCAACCUCAAGUCAACAGAGUUUUGCAAGUCAAAGACCUUUGGCAUCUUGUACAUCAAUCAAAAGAGAUGGCCAAGGUGUGAUCGAGGAAUCACUCAAAAAGUUAAAAUUACUUGAACUGGAAUUGGAAAAAGAAAAACUGAUACAUAAAAGCAAGCUGUUAAGCACAGCAUUGUCCAAUCAGAAGGCACGUAUCAUGAUCAUGGACAAACGUGGAUGUACUUUGGAUGAAAUUGAUAAUGAAAGAUUAGCAGAGCAGCAGCUGAGGGGAAAGCAGGUGGAUGUCAAAAAGAGGCUGUCAAUCAUUGUGAAAAGAAUUGUUGACACAAAGUCAUUGAAUAAUGCAGCAAGACUUGGUGGAAAAGAUGAUUUAGUGCUUCCUGACAAGUCUGAGAUGGAGGGUUUUGACCAGAAGCCUCCUGAUGAACAAACCUUGAAAUACCGUAACAUAGAACUAAAGCAACAAUCAGCAAGACAAAAGUUACUGGCAUGCAGAGAAAAGCUGAUGCCUUUUCUGUUGCCUUCAGUCACAAAACCUAAGUCACCCAAUUUGGAAGAAAACUUGUCAAAUGAUACAGUUACUGGCCAAGCCAGAAACAUUUGCCAAUACCCACCGAUCAAGUCUGACACAGAAAUUAAUUCUUUUGAUAGUAAUUUCAGUAAUGUACUCAAAUCAAUUAAAACAUCCAAAAGUGAAUGGACAUCUGGAGUCAGAACUGAAGCAAAGGCACUCAAAAAGAGUUUAGUGAGAACAUCUUCAGCUUUUGGAGUCAGAACUGAAGCAAAGGCACCCAAAAAGAGUUUAGUUAGAACAUCUUCAGCUUAUGGAGGAAGAACCUUUAUUGAAAGCAAGAGAAAAGACACCACUAGCAGAAUUCUUGGUCAGUCUUUUCGAAAAUCUCAAGUUACAACUGAAACAUCAAGGAGAAGAAUUGGUUUGUCUUCUGCUGCUAAUCGAGAGCACCAAGCAUCGAUUAUGAGAGCACAUUCUUACUUGAGAAAAGGAAGUGCCCUUCAUCAGAAAGAGACAAAAGAUGUAAGAAAAGAUCUGUCCAUGAAUCCAAAGUCGAUUACAAGGACUGUGUUUGCACGGUAUGAAUUGGAGCAAGGAAAAGGGUUCAUUGUGUGCAAAGAUAGCAAAGUGUAUCAAUAUUCAAACUUCAAGAGUGAUGAUUUCAGUAUGAUGAGAGUACAGUCAAUGGCUGGAUCACAAAGAACAUGCAACACUUCUCCUUGGUCGAGGACAAGGGAAGCUGCACAUGCAGCAAAGUCUGCAUCCUCACGGAAUGAUGGAGAGAACAUUCUUAGGAGCUCCGAUGUAUCCCCUUUGAAUGGUAGACAUCAUACUCCAAGCUCUCAGCCUGAUGAAGAACAUUCUCAGAGAAAAAUAUUGUCGUCCCAAGAGAGUGGUACCGGAGAUGAAAUAGAUUGCAGCUCACCCUUUGGGGGUGAUACAGAGUAUGUUAAGAGGCCUAUCUCAUCCAGAGAGUGUUGUGAGAGAAAUCAGACCAUGCCAGAAAAUGCAACAAACAGUGGCUCUUGUGCUGAAAGCCUCCCUCCCCUCCCUAAGGAACCAAAAAAUGUCUACCUUGCAGUUUCUCCUUCUGUGUUAAAAGCAAGAAAGCAGCAGCUUGAGAGAGCAAAACGCAUCCGAGAGGUUACCCACGCUGUGGAAAUUAUCCAGGCAGCAUUCAGAAGAUAUCAACGUCAAAAGAAAGGUUAAAAUGAUUUCUCAAACUCUCUCUUGUCUGUGUAUAUAAGCUUUGAAAUAACAAAAAGGUCAGACUUUGGGAUAAUCAGUUUUAAUUAAUAUAUAUUUUCUUGUAACUAGUUCAACUGGUCAAACCAGUAUAUCUGAUUGAAACAAAUCUUUAUUAGUUAAACUGGUUAAACCAGUAGUAGCAAUGGGCUGUUAUUACCACUUGUAUCAUUAGUUUCCAUGGUGAUAAUUGUUGUAGGCAAUUAGCAAGUAGGAUGUUAGCUUCAAGCAGAAUUUUGAUAGAAAAGAUAAGAAGACACUCCAUUAUUAUAUUUCCACUAUAACAAACAAUUAUUUUCUUGCUUUGACUGAUUUUUGACAAUUCUAUUUUUGAUAUAAAAGUUUUCAAUAUUUUUUUGAUUGUACAAGUUAUCUUUCUACCAAUAUUCUUAGAAACAUAAGUUAUUAUAAAAGAUUCAAUAAAAUUGAAUCAAUUUUAGGGAGUUGUAAUGCACCUAAAAGAGCUUUACUAUGAUCCUCUUCUUGCUUCAAAAGUAGAAAGUUUUUCGAUCUGUUUUAUUUUUAUUCUUUUUUCCUAUGUUGAGCUCAAAAUACAUUCAGCUUAAAAAUUAAAAUGGUAGAGUGGCGGCACUUAAACUUUGCAACUGUGCAAACUGAAUAGCGCUAUUUAGUUUUAUUUAGUUGUAUCUUAGUUGUAAAUUGUGCAUGUGGUACACAAAUUGAAUUGAUAGAAAUGAAGCAUUUCAAUAAUUUCUUGCUUCAGGCCCACGUUUAGUACAAAUUAGUACUACUUAGAUUUUGCUUUAAGUGCACGGUUUUAAGUCCAAUCACUCUAUUCAUAAAGAACAAUUUGUUCAAAGAACAUUUAGCUUCAGUGGUUAUAGAUUUAGUGCACAUUAAUUCUGUACUACUGUAUUUUGCUUUUAUGCAGUAAUUUCACAGAUAAAAAGUUAGUGUUCACUGUUUAGACAAUAUUUUCUUUAUUGCCUUAAUGUAUUUUGCACUAACAUCUAGUUAGUCUUUCACAUGUAAUGUGAAGCAACUCUAACCUAGAUCAUGUAACAAGUUUAUGUGAUUAUUUGUAGGAUAUCUGGUUCAAAAUCAGUACAGAGUAGUUUCAGGAAGACUUUUAUGUGAUAAAGGUUGGAAUUGAAACUGAAAUAAAAUGGAAAAUAAUCUAAAUUUACCAAGAAAA